CGCAACCGUUACUUUCUUCCUUUCUUUUUCUUUCUAUAUAUUCUUCUCUUCCAAGACAACCAAACAAACGUACCAACAUUCUCUCUCCCUCUCUACCUCUGUAGCAAAUUAAAGAAAACAAAAAACCCAGAAAAUGCUUAAUCUCUGGGCUUUUCUCUUCCUCUGCUUUCUUCAAUUCUCAUCCUUCAACGUUAUUUUCGGUGAUGUCGGUGAUUCCUCAGUGUCGGAAAACCCAUUUACUCCAAAAGCAUCGUUGAUUCGUUACUGGAACAAAGAGAUCCGCAAUGAAAUCCCCAAAACCCAUUUUUUACUCUCCAAAGCUUCCCCAUUAACUGCCGUCGACUCGGCCCGUUUUUCCAAACUCGCCGCCCAAAACGACCUAGCUGCCCGCCUGCCUUCCUUUUGUUCAUCCGCUAAACUCUUUUGCUUCCCUGAUUUAUCUCCAAGUCUCGAGAAACACCCCAAAGACGUAAACUUUGCCGUCUAUGCCAACAGGAACUUCACCAAUUACGGCACGGAUCGACUCGAUGGGGUCGACUCUUUCAAAAACUACUCAGAAGGCGACAACGUUAUUGUCGACUCGUUUCGCCGAUACAGCCGGGACUCCGCUGGUCACAAUGACCAAUUCUCUAAUUACGCCAGUGAAUCCAACGUCGUUGACCAGAGCUUCAACUCCUACGGAGGCGCUGCCACAAGCGACUCCGGAAACUUCAACAACUACAACCGUGAAGUCAACAACCCAAAUCUCCGAUUCACCUCGUAUUCCGAUGAUUCCAAUGGACGAGGACAGACAUUCACGUGGUACACGGAGAACGCCAACGCCGGGAGGGGGCAGUCAUUUUCGAGUUACGGUAAAACCGGUAACGGAGUUCCUAACGACUUUAGUAGUUACGGGAAAGGAGCGAAUGUGGUGGGGUCUGGUUUUUCUGGUUAUGGAGAAUCAGCCAAUGGGGCUAAUGACACUUUCACUUCGUACGGUUUCGAUUCUAAUGUUCCACAAAAUAAUUUCAAGAGUUAUGGAGACGGAGGCAAUGCGGCGGUUGAAAGUUUCUCAAGUUACCGUGACCAUUCCAAUGUGGGUGACGAUUCUUUCGAAUCUUAUGCCAAGAAUUCUAAUGGGGAGAAAGUUGAUUUUCACAACUACGGCCAAUCUUUUAAUGAAGGAACCGAUAAAUUCACUGGAUAUGGCCAAGGAGCCGUAGGCCAAUCCAUUGAGUUCAAGAUCUAUGGAAGAAACACCACUUUUAAGGAAUAUACUAAAAAGGGCGUAACUUUUGGUCGAUACAACAAUGAGAGUUCCGCUGAAACUGCUCAAGUUGAGGCCAGUGGCAGUGCUGUGAAUAAAUGGGUGGAGCCGGGCAAAUUCUUCCGGGAAAAGAUGUUGAAGCGAGGAACGGUGAUGCCGAUGCCGGACAUUAGGGAUAAAAUGCCUGAAAGGUCGUUUCUGCCCCGCACUAUUCUUUCUAAAUUACCGUUUUCGUCCUCCAAGAUUGGUGAACUGAAACAGAUUUUCCACGCGGGGGAUAACUGCACCCUGGAAACCAUAAUGCUGAACGCUUUAAAAGAGUGCGAGCGAGCACCGAGCCCUGGCGAGACCAAGCGCUGCGUGGGCUCGGCCGAGGACAUGAUCGAUUUCGCCACCUCGGUUCUGGGGCGUAAAGUGGAGGUUCGGACGACGGAAAACGUUAAUGGGUCAAAGCAAAAUAUAAAGAUAGGAACGGUCAGAGGAAUCAACGGUGGGAAAGUGACGAAAUCUGUUUCUUGUCACCAGAGUUUGUACCCGUAUUUACUUUACUAUUGCCACUCGGUUCCAAAGGUCCGGGUCUAUAAAGCGGAUAUUCUGGAUCCAAAUUCAAGGGAGAAGAUUAAUCACGGUGUUGCCAUAUGUCAUUUAGAUACAUCUAGUUGGAGUUCAAGUCAUGGAGCUUUCUUGGCAUUGGGUUCAGGUCCAGGUCGGAUCGAGGUUUGUCACUGGAUUUUCGAGAAUGAUAUGACUUGGACGAUAUCUGAUUCUUAAUUGCAAAGUUGGGGUCUUUUGGUGAACAGCCGUUGGUUAAGAUAACUUGGCCAAUGGUGAAAUUAAGAUUUUUCCAUUUUGUUUUUAUUUUUCUCUUGUGAUUUAAGAAGUGGGAUACACAAAUAUAAUUUUCCUUUUUUCACAUUUUUGUGAAUUGUGAUGCUUAAGUUUGCAAAAAAAUUUUGUCCUUCUUUUAUGCUAA